CAAUGUCCUCCGAGGCACCCGAGCUCGGCCUGCGCCGCAGAUGGCACUUCCUGGGAGCGCUAUGGCCACUUUCCGCUUGGCCCUCAUCCAGCUUCAAGUUUCUCCCAUCAAAGCAGAUAAUGUUACUCGAGCUUGUAGCCUUGUCCGGGAGGCAGCAAAGCAGGGAGUCAAAAUAGUUUCUCUGCCGGAAUGCUUUAAUUCUCCAUAUGGCACAAAAUAUUUUCCUGAAUAUGCAGAGAAAAUUCCUGGUGAAUCCACACAGAAGCUUUCUGAAGUAGCAAAGGAUUGCGGCAUAUAUCUCAUUGGAGGUUCCAUCCCUGAAGAGGAUGCUGGGAAAUUAUAUAACACCUGUGCUGUGUUUGGGCCUGAUGGAACUUUACUAGUAAAGCACAGAAAGAUCCAUCUGUUUGACAUUGAUGUUCCUGGGAAAAUUACAUUUCAAGAAUCUAAAACACUGAGUCCGGGUGAUAGUUUCUCCACAUUUGAUACUCCUUACUGCAGAGUGGGCCUGGGCAUCUGCUAUGACAUCCGCUUUGCAGAGCUUGCACAGAUCUACGCACAGAGAGGCUGCCAGCUGUUGGUAUAUCCUGGAGCUUUCAAUUUGACCACCGGACCAGCCCACUGGGAGUUGCUCCAGCGAAGCCGGGCUGUUGACAAUCAGGUGUAUGUGGCCACAGCCUCUCCUGCCCGGGAUGACAAAGCCUCCUAUGUUGCCUGGGGACACAGCACUGUGGUGAAUCCUUGGGGGGAAGUCCUAGCCAAAGCUGGAACUGAAGAAACGAUCGUGUAUUCAGACAUAGACCUGAAGAAGUUGGCUGAAAUACGCCAGCAAAUCCCCAUUUUUAGACAGAAGCGAUCAGACCUCUAUGCAGUGGAAGUGAAAAAGCCCUAAGAUUUGUGUUUCUAACAUGUCACGAAACAGGAAGAUAUGAUUCUGCAACGUAAUCAACUCUGGUGGCUCAGUUGGUUAGGGCACAGUGUUAUAACACCAAGGUCAAGGGUUUGGAUCCCCAUACUGACCAGCUGCAAAA